AAUUCCGCGGUCCCUGCCACACAUUUCCGACUAUGAGCGUUCUUCACUAAGCGCGAUUCUGUAGGGGAUUGUUUUGCUGUGAAGGAGCUUCAUCCAUACAACAUUUUCAAAAUGGCGACGUCAAUCGAAAUUCCGCUCAAGGACUCGGAUGAGGUCAUUGAGUUGGAUUUUUCAGAGCUUCCUGUUGGGGAAGAGGUACUCAGUAUAUUGCAACAAGAAAAUGCACAACUUCACAUUUGGAUUUCCAUAGCUCAACAAUACUACAAACAGAACCAAACUGAAGAUUUUGUAAAGCUUCUUGAAGCUGCCAGAGCUGAAAACUUCAAUGAUCCAAAUUUGGACUAUGAAAACCAUGAAAAUGACCAGAUGUUGGUGCUGGACACUUUGGCUGCCUAUUAUGUGCAGCAGGCAAGAAAAGACAAAAACAAAGACCAGAGAAGAGAGCUUUUCACCAAAGCUACACAGUUAUAUACAACAGCUGACAAGAUCAUUAUGUUGGAUCAGAAUCAUCUUCUUGGCCGUGCUUACUUCUGUUUAUUGGAAGGAGAUAAAAUGGACCAGGCUGAUGCACAGUUCAACUUUGUGUUGGAUCAGUCUCCUAACAACAUCCCUGCUCUUCUUGGAAAAGCAUGCAUAUCAUUUCAAAAGCGCGAUUUCAAGGGCUCCUUGGUUUAUUAUAAAAAGGCUUUGCGAACAAAUCCUGAUUGCCCUGCCGAAGUUCGACUUGGUAUGGGACAUUGUUUCUUUCGUCUGAAUCGACUAGAAAAGGCCAGACUUGCUUUUGAAAGAGCGUUAGAACUGGACCCAAGAUGUACUGGGGCACUUGUUGGACUUGCAAUCUUAGAGCUGAAUUCGAAAAAGGCUGACAGUAUCAAAAAUGGUGUACAGCUACUUUCAAAAGCUUACUCGAUAGACAACCAGAAUCCGAUGGUUCUCAACCACUUGGCUAACCACUUUUUCUUCAAAAAGGAUUACACCAAAGUGCAGCAUUUGGCGCUUCAUGCGUUUCAUGGAACCGAGGUUGAGGCAAUGCAGGCUGAGAGCUGUUAUCAACUGGCAAGAUCCUUUCACGUGCAGGUUGAUUACGAUCAGGCAUUUCAGUACUACUAUCAAGCGACACAGUUCGCAUCUUCAACUUUUGUUCUUCCAUGGUUUGGACUCGGGCAGAUGUAUAUCGCCAGGGGAGACAAUGUAAAUGCUGCAAAUUGCUUUGAAAAGGUGUUAAAACAUCAGCCAAACAACUAUGAAACCAUGAAGAUUCUUGGAUCGCUGUACAGUACAUCUACGGAUCCAGAAAAGCGUGAGACUGCCAAAAAUCAUUUGAAGAAGGUCACAGAACAGUUCCCAGAUGACGUAGAAGCUUGGAUCGAGUAUGCAGGGAUAUUGGAACAAUCAGAUGUUCAGGCAGCCCUAUCUGCCUACGGGACGGCCUCUCGCAUUCUCAAGGACAAAGUGCAAGCAGAUGUGCCUCCAGAGAUUCUGAACAAUGUUGGAGCCCUUCACUUCCGUCUUGGCAAUUUAAAAGAAUCUAGAAAGUUCUAUGAAGCUGCUUUGGACCACUGCAGACAAGAAAGCAUGCAGGACGAGACAUAUUACAAUGCAAUUUCAGUUACUAUGAACUACAACCUAGCGAGACUUUAUGAAGCACUAUUCGAAUUCGACAAAGCGGAAAAGAUUUACAAGGACAUUCUCCGAGAACACCCUAAUUACAUUGACUGUCAUCUACGACUUGGCUGCAUGGCGCGUGAUAAAGGACACAUCUAUGACGCAUCUGAUUGGUUCAAAAUGGCCCUACAAAUCGACCAGGACAACCCAGAUGCUUGGUCUUUGAUUGGCAACCUCCAUCUCGCUAAGCAAGAAUGGGGACCCGGACAGAAGAAAUUCGAAAGAAUUCUUAAACAACCAGCAACAACAAAUGAUACAUAUUCUUUGGUAGCCCUUGGCAACGUAUGGUUACAGACCCUUCAUACACCGAAUCGAGACAAGCAGAAGGAAAAGAGACAUCAAGAUCGCGCCAUCGCUAUGUUUAAGCAAGUGCUUCGCAUUGAUCCUAGAAACAUAUACGCAGCCAAUGGUAUUGGCUGUGUUCUCGCACAUAAGGGGUACCAUAGGGAAGCUAGAGAUGUCUUUUCACAGGUGCGUGAGGCAACUGCAGAAGUGCCAGAUGUUUGGCUCAAUCUUGCGCAUAUAUACGUUGAACAAAAGCAAUAUGUUAGUGCUAUACAGAUGUACGAAAAUUGCAUGAAAAAAUUUCACACCUCGUACAAUGUUGAACUGAUGUUGUACCUUGCGCGUGCUUAUUACAAAGCCGGGAAACAUGACGAAUGCAAGCUCCUUCUUGUAAAGGCGCGUCACGUGGCUCCACAUGACUCCCUUUUGAUGUUCAACCUGUCGAUAGUACAACAGCGACUUGCUACCGGAGUCUUGCGAACCGAAAAAAGCGACCUCAAAACUGUACUCUCUGCUGUGCGUGAUCUGGAACUUGCACAAAGGAAUUUCGAAUACCUUAGCUGGUACGGCGAUCGAAUGAAGUUCGAUCUCGCCCAAGCAAAAGCCGAGGGAAGGCGUUGCUCAGAUUUACUCAGCCAAGCGCAGUAUCACGUGCAGAGAGCACGCAAAAUCGACGAGGAAGAACGGGAGGUCAGGAGGAAGCAAGAAGAAGAAAGAGAUGCACUUAAAAAGAAGAAGGACGAGGAACAGCGCCAAAAGAAGCUUGUCGAGGAAGAAGAGCACAAACAACUGCUUGAAAAGCGUGCACAAUACGUUGAGGCGACGAAGAAUCUUUUGAAGUUCACACCGGCUGCGGAGAUUGCAAGGGUAAAGGGGGCAGCGAAAAAGAAAAAGGAGGCAAAUCUGGAAGGUUUGAUUGAAACGAGCGAGUCCGAGGCCGAAGCAGCGGGAAGCGAGGCAAGAUUACUUGAGAAAAAAGAGAAGAAAAAACGACAGAGAAAACAACGUAAAGAGAGAGAAAAAGGCGAACCAAAGGCUAAAAAGCAAAGGAAACCCCGAGAGCCAAAGGCACCCAAAGCGAAGAAACAGAAGCAGGAAAUAUUGUCUGCAAAGCAGAAGAAAAAGGUCGUUUCGAAGCAAUUUAUAUCUUCUUCAGAGGACAAUUCGAGUUCCGACGACGAUGAACUCAGGAUUGACGUUGCUAGAGGAAACGAUGAUGCCUCCUCGCAAAGCGAAAGGGAAGAUGCUGCUGCGAAUUCAGAUGCGGAAAAGAGCGAUACUUCCCGCGAAUCCGAGAAAUCUGGGUCUGAAGACGACAAUGCCAAAGCUCAGGCUAGCGAUGAGAGUGAUGACGAUAUGCAAGAAGCAACUGGCAAUGUGUCAGAAAACGAUGAUGAAGAGCAAGGCGAAGAAAGUGAUAUCGAAACAGAAAAGGUUAAAAAGAAAAAGCCAAGCAGAGUACUUAGCUCGUCUGACUCAGAUGAUGAAGAAUGAUUGGUCCAGAUAACUUUGGCGUAUCAACGGUGAAAGCCAGUGAAUGUAAUUAGCCAAGCACAUCAUGCAUUGGCCGUGAAAGCUAGCUACGAGUCACAAAGAUGGCGUCAUUCAUAAUUGUGUAUUUCAUCACACAAGCAAGAUUGGACAGUGCGUUUACGAAACAUAACUCUAUAAUAGCGUGAAGAACAUUCUAGUGGACACUUGUCGACCCUAUCGAAUGUAGUUGGAGAUACACUCCUAGAUUGUCUAGGAAAAUCUUUAACCCAUCAAGUUUUUUAAUUCCAUAGAAUUAUACUUCACUUCUAAACAAGUUAAGAUUUCUUUUAUAAAAACCAAACAUGAAAAUUUCGUCUUA